UUUGAAUAUCAUUUUAAUGGGUUUGUAAAACCAUAAAAUUUUUUGUAAUUGAAAGCAAGUAAUGUCCAAUCAGUAUAAAUACCAUAUUGGUCCAAACGGUGUCAUCUGCUCUGAUAAAGUCACAGUAUUUAGAAUUCCCAAUACAGUACCUGUGGACAAUAGUCCACUUAUAGUUUAUAGCAGUAGCAAGAAUUUACCCUUAGAUUUCAAAAGCUCACAAAUACAAGGAUUUAAUAGUUUUGAAGAAGAAGAAGUUAUUCCUGAACAAACUAAUAAGUCUUUAAAUCAGAACGUAGAGAAUUAUACGUAUGGGGAUGAUUCAAAUUAUAUAAAUGUUUCCACAGAUGAUAAAUAUUAUUACAAUAAUGAACAGAUAGCGAAUCACAUAAUAGCAAGAAAUUCUUUUUACACAGAUUAUAAUAAUGACUCUAACGUAAGUAUUUCUGAAAAUGCUGGAGUUGCCGAUUACUCUGAUGACAAACAUAAAUUCAGGCACAAGGAAAUGCAUGUUCCUCUAAAUAUCAGAAAUAAUAUACCCCGUAACUAUAAGAAUUAUAAUGAAGACGACGUAUAUAAUUCUAAUGAAUAUUUUCAAGAAGAUUCGUAUAAGUUUGUACCAUAUUCGAGUAAGCGUGCCGAAGAAUUUUACAAUUCAGGUACUAGUGGUAACACAAGUUUAAGGUAUACUCCACGUUUAUCACAAAAGAAUCAAUAUAAUGACAAAGCUAUCGAACAGAAAGAGUUUAAUAAAAAUGUUUUAUAUAAGCGAUAUAGUUUGAAUUAUGCUAGUGAUCCGAAUCAAAUAUCAACGAAUUUAUCAUGUCCCAAAAAAGGUACGUAUCCUUUAUAUGAUAAGGAAGGUCAUGGUAAUGAAUUUAAUUACACCACAGCAAAUCAAAUCAGUAGUAAAUCUGCUUUACAUAGUCGACAUGACUGUUUUAAUACACCAAGUAAAGAAUUUAAUAAUAAUAUUAACAACGAGCUUAGAGAACAAGGAUAUGAUCCUUUAUAUUCAUUGCAAGCAAUGGCAAAUAAAAACUUAAACAAUUCGUUAGUGAGUAGCAAAGCAGGUGUCUUGUAUGAUCCAAAAUAUUCAUACAAGCCCAUAAAAGAUGGAUCUAAUUUUGAAACUAGUAACAAUGUAGAUACUAAACAAAGUGAUCACAUAAAUGUAAAUAAAACUAGAAGCUGGUACUAUAAACAAAACAAAAAUGACUCGCCAUUAUAUGGAACUGAUCGUCAUUAUAAAUUAGAUAUUAGUGGAUCUAAUAUCGGAACCAAUAUUUUUAAAACCGUUAUAGAUAAUUUAACAAGUAAUACAUCGUCUAAUAAAACAUCUUUAAAUCUUUUAAAUACCAAACCUCAAUAUCCCCAGCUUAGGUCAAAAUCUAUAAAUAUAACUAAUAAUACAAGAUAUAAUUCAUUGCUUAGUGACAACGACCCAUAUCCUUUAAAUAGUGCCCAGAAUCGAUUUGAUGACUGCUUUAAUAUGGAAUCUGCAAACAGUAGACCAGUUAAUCAAAAAAAAUCUGACCUUAAUAAUGUUACUUGUAAAAAAACUAAAAGUGUAACGUUUAAAUUAUAACCGUAAGAAAGUACAAAAUCAUAAAUAUGUGUAAAUGUAUGUUGUAAUGCAAAAGUGAAAUAAAAUA